ACGUCAUAGUAUAGUAAGGCAUAAAAAGUCAUAAAAAGGUCAUAGUAUAAUAGUAAGGCAUAAAAAGCCAUAAAAAGGUCAUAGUAUAGUAACGCAUAAAAAGUCACAAAAACGUCAUAGUAUAGUAAGGCAUGAAAAGUCAGAAAAAGGUCAUAGUAUACUAAGGCAUAAAAAGUCAUAAAAAGGUCAUAGUAUAGUAAGGCAUAAAAAGUCACAAAAAGGUCAUAGUAUACUAAGGCAUAAAAGGGCAUAGCAUAGUAAGGCAUAAAAAGGGCAUAAUAUAGUAAGGCAUAAAAAGGUCAUAGUAUAGUAAAGCAUAAAAAGUCACAAAAAGGUCAUAGUAUAGUAAGGCAUAAAAAGGUCAUAGUAUAGUAAGGUAUAAAAAGUCACAAAAAUGUCAUAGUAUACUAAGGCAUAAAAAGGGCAUAGUAUAGUAAGGCAUAAAAAGUCAUAAAAAGGUCAUAGUAUAGUAAGGCAUAAAAAGGUCAUAGUAUAGCAAGGCAUAAAAAGUCAUAAAAAGGUCAUAGUAUAGCAAGGCAUGAAAAGUCAUAAAAACGUCAUAGUAUAGUAAGGCAUAAAAAGUCACAAAAAGGUCAUAGUAUACUAAGGCAUAAAAAGGGCAUAGUAUAGUAAGGCAUAAAAAGGUCAUAGUAUAGUAAGGCAUAAAAAGUCAUAAAAAGGUCAUAGCAUAGUAAGGCAUAAAAAGCCCUAAAAAACGUCAUAGUAUAGUAAGGCAUAAAAAGUCACAAAAAGGUCAUAGUAUACUAAGGCAUAAAAAGGGCAUAGCAUAGUAAGGCAUAAAAAGGUCAUAGUAUAGUAAGGCAUAAAAAGUCAUAAAAAGGUCAUAGUAUAGCAAGGCAUAAAAAGUCAUAAAAACAGCAUAGCAUAAUACAGCAUAAAAAGGUCAUAGUAUAGUAAGGCAUAAAAAGUCAUAAAAAGGUCAUAGUAUAGUAACGCAUAAAAAGUCACAAAAACGUCAUAGUAUAGUAAGGCAUGAAAAGUCAGAAAAAGGUCAUAGUAUACUAAGGCAUAAAAAGUCAUAAAAAGGUCAUUGUAUAGUAAGGCAUAAAAAGUCACAAAAAGGUCAUAGUAUACUAAGGCAUAAAAAGGGCAUAGUAUAGUAAGGCAUAAAAAGUCAUAAAAAGGUCAUAGCAUAGUAAGGCAUAAAAAGGUCAUAGUAUGGUAAGGCAUAAAAAGUCAUAAAAAGGUCAUAGUAUAGUAAGGCAUAAAAAGUCAAAAAAGGGUCAUAGUAUACUAAGGCAUAAAAAGGGCAUAGUAUAGUAAGGCAUAAAAAGGUCAUAGUAUAGUAAGGCAUAAAAAGUCAUAAAAAGGUCAUAGCAUAGUAACGGAUAAAAAGCCAUAAAAAACGUCAUAGUAUAGCAAGGCAUGAAAAUUCAUAAAAAGGUCAUAGUAUAGCAAGGCAUAAAAAGUCAUAAAAACAGCAUAGCAUAAUACAGCAUAAAAACGUCAUAGUAUAGUAAGGCAUAAAAGGUCAUAGUAUAGUAAGGCAUAAAAAGCCAUAAAAAGGUCAUAGUAUAGUAAAAAGUCAUAAAAACAGCAUAAAAAAGUCAAAGUAUAGCAAGGCAUAAAAGUUCAUAGUAUAGUAAGGUAUAAAAAGCCAUAAAAAACAUCAUAGUAUAGUAAGGCAUAGAAAAGGUCAUUGUAUAAAAAGUCAUAAAAACGUCAUAGUACAGUUAGACACAAAACAUCAUAAAAAUGUCACACUUUAGUAAGGCAUAAAAAUGACAAAAACAUAUAAUUAAAUUUCAAUUCAAUUUUAUUUGCAUACUGUCAAAUCACAAUAUAAAUGACCGCACAGCACUUUACAGGGUAAGGUCGAGGAGUUACUGUAUUAGAGAAAGAAAACCAACAGUUGACACUAUAAGGAAGCACUUUGCGAUGGGGGAGGAAAAACUUCCUCAUGACAGAAAGAAACCUUGAACAGAACCGGGCUCAGGGCGGGCGGGCGGCCUCUGCCUUAACCGGUUUUCUUAGUAUAGUAAGGCACAAAAAGUCAUAAAAACGACACAGUAUAGGAAGGCAUGAAUAGUCGUAAAAAAGGCAUUGUACAGUAAGGCAUAAAAAGUCAUACUAUAGUUAGGCAUAAAAAUGGCAUAGUAUAGUAGGGCAUGAAAAGUCAUAAAAACAGCAUAGUAUUCUAAGGCAUAUAAACGACACGGUAUAGGAAGGCAUGAAAAAUCGUAAAAAUGGCAUAGUACAGUAAGGCGUAAAAAUUUCAUACUACAGUAAUGCAUAAAAACUUCAUAGAAUAGUCAGACAAAAACAUAGUAUAGUAAGGCACAAAAAGUCAAUGAAUACUGAGUCAUAAAAAUGUUAUAGUAUAGUAAGGCAUAAAUCGUCAUAAAAACGACACAGUAUAGGAAGGCAUGAAAAGUCGUAAAAACAUCAAUUUAGUAAGGCAUAAAAAUGUCAUACACAUCAUAGUAUAGCAUAGUACAGUAAGGCAUAAGAACAACAUAGUAUAGUAAGACAAAAACAGUAUAGUAAGGCAUAAAAAGUCACAAUAUAGUAAGGCAUAAAAAGUCACAAUAUAGUAAGGUAUACAAAUGUCAUAAUACAGUAAGGCAAAAAAAAAGUCAUGGUAUUCAUGCUAUCAUUAUUUGGGAGUUUUUGGCAGAAAUAAAACUCAUGCUUUUGAUAUAUCCAGCAUUUUAUGUCUACUCCUGCUAGCAACCUGACUGCUAUUUUACAGAAGACAAAAGCCAUGGUUACCUUGCUAGUUAAUGCUUGCUAACAAAAUAACAUCAGUUAACGUUUUUCUGGUGAUCUUACCACUGAUAUUCUCACAUGAUGUGAACCUUCGGAUAGCCCCCACUCUUUCAGUCAUUCAAAUACUAGCAUGCCCAAAUUGGUUGUCUUGGAGUCGUACCCUCUUGGAGGGCACAUUUGAAUGACUUAAUAUGACUUCACUCCAAACAUAGUGCAAGUUCACUCAAAUGUCUGUAGGGACAUGUCCCUACCGUCUAUAUGCAAACCUACGCCCUUGAUCAGUUGUCUUCUUUUAUUUUGCCUGACUGCAGCAAAGUGCAAUACGAAAAUAAUCCGCCUCAUAUAUGUCGAACUUUCUCAUCACUACUGAUACACUGAAAGGGAAGUGAGGAGAUUACGUUGUGUAACCACAUGAACUGUUAACAGAGAUCAAAUCCUUGAGAUUAGUGCCACGAGAUUGCAUAUUUUGAGAUUACCAAAAAGGGUUGCUCCUGGCUGUUGCCAUGGAGAUGUUAUCAACUUUUUGCCAACAGAAAAUUGUUUGUUUUUUGUUCACAUCUGAGCAUGAUCCUCAAAAAAAUACUCUUAGUGGUACAACACAUACUGGGAUUUUCCUUCGCUUUGUUUUCAAUGAAUUUGUUUUGUGGGUUGUGUUGUGUUUGUGUUUCCAGGUCUGGUGCAUGUAGGGGAUGAGCUUCGAGAGGUCAACGGAAACCUGAUAACCCACAAAAGGCCAGAUGAAAUAAGUCAGAUUUUGUCCCAGUCUCAAGGCUCCAUCACACUCAAAAUAAUUCCAGCUGUCGUAGAGGAAGACAAACUGAAGGAAAGCAGGGUCUACCUUCGGGCUUUGUUUGACUAUACCCCUUUUGAUGACAAGGCCACACCGUGCCAAGAGGCAGGACUUCCUUUUAAGAGGGGAGACAUUCUCCAGGUGGUGAGCCAGGAAGACACCACUUGGUGGCAGGCCAAGAAGGUGGGCGACUGUAACCUACGCGCCGCCCUCAUCCCCUCCACACAAUUCCAGGAGAGGCGCCUAAGAUACAGGAUGAAAAUGGGUUCCUUUCCUGCUCCUGUGUCUCCAAAAACUCCUACAUAUGAUCGUGCUGAGAGAGAAGACUGUGACAGUGAUGGUGCUCUGAAUGGAAAGGACAUAGUUUCUCCCAAGAGUAAGGCAGCCCCUGCCUUCUGUGGCCAUGCUUUCUCAUGGGAUUUUUACUCAGCCAGCCUGCGCAGAAGUUUCCGCCUCAAGAAAGAUCGCCAGUCUGCACCAGGAGAAGCUCACACUCCAGAUGCUAAUCACACAGACUUUCUGAUUUAUGAAGAAGUAACACAAUACCUGCCCCGCCCCAGUGAGAGGCCUCGCCUUAUAGUACUGAUAGGUUCCCUGGGAGCUCGGAUCACUGAGCUCAAACAGAAGGUGAUAGCUGAGAAUCCUCGACACUACGGUUUGGCUGUGCCUCACACCACUCGAGCCAGGAAGUGUCACGAGAGAGAAGGAGUGGAGUACCACUUCAUCACUAAAGCGGCUUUCGAGGCAGACAUCCAGAAUGGCAAGUUUAUUGAAUAUGGGGAAUAUAAAGAUAAUCUGUACGGCACCAGUUUGGAGUCCAUCAAUAGAGUUUUGGAUCAAAACAAAGUCUGUCUAGUGGAUGUGCAACCAGAGGCACUGAAGACUCUACGUACCGCUGACUUCAAGCCUUUCAUCAUCUUUGCACGGCCUCGCAUCUAUCUCACUCAAAAGAAACAGCUUGGCUCCUCUUCCUCUCUCAGCUUAGGGAUCACGGAGGAGGACCUACAGGAAAUGAAGCAGUCGGCAGAGCGGAUGGAAGAGUGCUAUGGCCACUGGGUGGACUAUGUCUUGGUGAGGGAGGAUCCAGUCAGUGCCUUAGCAGAGCUCCAGGUCGUACUGGAGAGGGUGCAGAUGGAACCUCAGUGGGUGCCUGUGUCCUGGGUGAGGAGCUAGUCCGCUUAACUGAGUCUGACUGCUUCAUAUCGGAAAGUGGACCGCUAAGCGAGGACAGACAAAACUGCUGGGAGCCUCUGAAUGUUGGGAGUGAUCCAGUGUUUACUGCCAUAUAACCAUUCCACAGAUACAGGUUUGUGAGUUGAGUCACUAUCAUAAAAGAACAUCUGCAAGGACUGAAAGCUGCUUUUUUUUCCAUCAGUCUGAACAUGAAGCAAGCGGUUCUGAUUACAUGGAUCACUGUAACUUAAGUCAUACAGGCACAGGCUGGUGUACAUACUGUGUAUCUAAAUAGUGCAGUGGCAGUAUAACAGCUCUGACGGGCAUGAAGUACAUGCAUGCAGGACAAUGUUCCUAAAGAAAGCAUCUGCACUUGUGUGAUCAAUACUGAAAGACAUCCACUACAUUACUGAAGUGCCAUAUUGAACAUGUCAAACUAAUAAAUAUAAUUGUAAAGUGAAAAUAAAACUCUGCAGAUGUCUAAUUUUUCAA